AUGGCCGAAAACCACGACGAUGACAAGUACUUCAACGCGCUCGUUUAUGGGACCAUCGCCACUGCGCUUGUCAGUUUAUUAUCGCUUACCGGCGGAUGCAUGGCUCCAAUGCUCAGAGCACAAGGAGCCAAUCAUAGGUGGAUGCAUUUCUUUAUUGCAAUGGCAGUUUCCACCAUGAGCUCCGACGCCAUUUUGCACAUUUUGCCUCAAAUUAUGGGGGAGACUAACAAAAUAACUGCGUGUGAGCAGAUGGUUUCCAACCAUGUUUGGAAGCAAUGCGAGAAUAAUAAUAAUGAUUUGGCGGGCAGCCAAUCGAAUAAUUCACGAGUCGAUGGCGGAACGGAUGCGACCAGUCAAAGCGAGGAUAUUGACGAAAUGACGAUAUGCUGGGGAUUGAAGGGACGUGCUAUCAUCAUUCUAUUUGGCGAUGGGGUCCAUAAUCUAGUCGAUGGGAUCGCAAUCGGUGCAAGCUUUAUGGUUUCAAUCAAGCUCGGAAUUAUUACCACAAUCGCAGUUAUGUGUCAUGAGCUUCCGCAUGAGAUUGGAGACUUGGCUGUUUUAUUGGAAUCUGGAAUUCCUCUAUGCCGAGCACUUAUAUUGAAUUUAAUAUCGGCUCUCACCGCUUUUCUCGGAUUGUUCUUAUCGGUUUCUGUUGGACGGAAUCACGAAGCAGAAACGGUUUUGCUCGCAAUUACGGCUGGAAUGUUUUUAUAUGUCGCAUGGAUUGACAUGCUGGCUCAUUUGAAACAUGAUGGAUCACACAAGGAUCAUUGGAUGAUUUCAUUUUUGAUGCAAUAUUGCGGAUUUACUUGCGGAUUUUUGUUGAUAUUCGCUCUCGGCUGUCUCACCAUGGAUUUGGAGCAGCGCAUCAAGGCUUAUCGCUUCGUCGCCUAUUCGGCUGUCACCUUCUCGGUUGUCGCCGUCCUUUCGGUCUGCGUCACCUUGCCAAUGGUGUACAACUAUGUGCACCAUGUCAAGCGCACCAUGCACUCGGAGAUCAACUUCUGCAAAGGAUCCGCCAAGGACAUCUGGAGCGAGGUCAAUCACUUGAAGAACUUGCCAUCCGGAAACCGUACCGCCCGUCAAGCUGGAUACGGAGGAGACGCCGGAGUCACCGGAGGAGGUGCCAGCGCUGGAGGAUGCGACGCUUGCUGCUUGCCGGGAGCUGCCGGACCAGCCGGAACCCCAGGAAAGCCAGGACGCCCAGGAAAGCCAGGAGCUCCAGGACUCCCAGGAAACCCAGGACGUCCACCACAGCAGCCAUGUGAGCCAAUCACCCCACCACCAUGCAAGCCAUGCCCAGCCGGACCACCAGGACCACCAGGACCACCAGGACCAGCCGGAGACGCCGGAGCCAACGGAAACCCAGGAGCACCAGGACAAGACGGAGCCCCAGGACAGCCAGGAAACAAGGGACCAUCUGGACCAAAUGGAAACCCAGGAGCGCCAGGAGCCCCAGGAAACCCAGGACAAGACGCCCCAUCGGAGCCAAUCGUUCCAGGAGCCCCAGGACCACAGGGACCACCAGGGCCACAAGGACCACCAGGACAGCCAGGAGCCCCAGGACAAGACGGACAGCCAGGAGCCCCAGGACCAAAGGGACCCAACGGAAACCCAGGACAGCCAGGAGCCGAUGGAAACCCAGGAGCCCCAGGACAAGCUGGACAGCCAGGAAGCGCUGGAGAGAAGGGAAUCUGCCCGAAAUAUUGCGCCAUCGACGGAGGAGUCUUCUUCGAGGACGGAACCCGCCGUUAA